AUGGGUGGUGAAGCAUUUUCUGAAGAGUAUUUGCAUCGCUUAAAGGAAACAAUAACGCAAAUGGGAGAAGACUUCCGCUUAGCGAAUUCUAAAAAGAACAUAUUUCAAACGUUUCGUACUCCAACCGUCUUGGUUGUCAUCUUACUGCUUUUCUAUGUUGUCACAGGAAUAUUUGAGUUCAUUGGCUUAUCAGUGAUUUCAAAUAUUCUGACUAUGCCGUUCUACACUGCUUUAAUAACAUUGUUUACCUGGUUGUUUUUAAGUUAUACUGGUCAAGCGCCGGAAUUAGCCAAUGCUAUAGACCAUUCAGCUGAGUUAGUGAUGAAUAAGGUCUUCACUCCUGCAAUAGAAGUAGUUGAUAGACGUGGAAUUGCUCAGUUAGUUGGAGGUGGUGAUUUGAUUCCUCCUAAUAACCAUGCUACUAGAAGCUGA